AAAAGUGUCAUUUUCGGGCCCAUUUUAAAAAACGUAAAAAAAUCCGAACUACACGUAGAAAAAAAUGGCUUUUUCGGCCCUUUUUAGCUCCAAAAACGCGUCGCGUGACGUCACCGUGACGUCAGCCGCCAACCAAAACGCGGAGAAAGCGCGCGUUUGAUUGGUUGGCGGCUGACACUAUGAAAUCCUCUAAGGACGAUUCGAAUGGUAUACCGCGAAAUUUGACAGAGAAGCGGCUGAAUACCUGAGCAUGGCCCACAAUAAGCACACACUAUCAGAUUCUGAUGAAUCUGAUUCUGUAACUGAUGACAGUUUUAAACUGAAUAGUUCAAGGGAUUUGUUUCAGAGCAGCAGUGAUACUUUUUCAAGCAACAUUUUAGACACAAGCCAUUCACCACAAAAAUCUUUGCAUAGUACUAACCCAUAUGAUGCUGAUACAGAUUUAGAAGAAGAUGAUUCUGAGAAAGAAAAAACUUCAAAACCUGUGUGUAAAUAUGGAGUAAGGUGCUACAGAAAAAACCCUUCACACUAUGAAGAAUUUUAUCAUCCUAAAAGUUUGGGUAAGAGAAAACUAGAGGACAAAGAAAAAGAAACCACAAUGCCAGAGAAAACAUCCAAGCAAAAUAAAUCUCCACUUGAUGUUUACCAGGAGUUUCAACCUUUCAGUUUUUUUCUUACUAAAGUUAAAGACAUUCCAGUCAAGUACAAUUCAACUGGUGCAUUUAAUUUGAGAGAUAUUUUGUCUGAAUCUAUGGGGCAACUUGCUGCCUCAUGUCAUUUCAAUUUCAUGUUUGAUAUUCCAUGGCUGAUUCAUCAGUAUCCUGAACCAUUCAGGAAAAAGCCAGUUCUUCUUGUUCAUGGAGAUCAAGGUAGAGAUGAGAUCAACCUGAAAGAAGCGGCUUCUCCAUAUUCAAAUGUUGCUCUGUGCAGGGCUACAUUAGAUAUUCCAUAUGGCACACAUCACACAAAAAUGAUGUUAUUACUUUAUAACUCUGGGUUGAGAGUGGUGAUACACACAGCUAACAUGGUUUCCAAUGACUGGCACCAAAAAACACAAGGAAUCUGGGUCAGCCCGUUGUAUCCUCCACUCCAACCUGGCACAGAUAGAGGGGAAUCCCCUACAAAUUUUAAAGCUGAUCUCUUGCAGUAUAUGGCAGCAUACAGAUCACCCAAACUUGCACCCUGGGAACAACAUAUAAAAGCUCAUGACAUGAGUUCAACAAAAGUUCAUCUCAUAGGCUCCGUCCCAGGCAGGCAUACUUUGAACAAUAAACAUCUAUGGGGUCACCUCAAGUUAAAAAAGGUAUUGUCAGAAAGAGGCCCUGAAGCUGGAUUAGUUCAAAACUGGCCUUUAAUUGGACAGUUUUCUAGUAUUGGGUCCUUGGGUGCUAAUAAAGAAGCGUGGCUGCUGAAUGAAUGGGGACAGUCUAUCUCCACUUGUAGAAAACAAGAAUCUUUAUCUUUGCCUGCAUCAAAACUUAAUUUGAUAUUUCCAUCAAAAGACAACAUUCGACUGAGUCUAGAGGGUUAUAAUGGUGGAGGGUGUGUCCCAUACAGUAUCAAAACUGCUUCUAAACAACCAUGGCUGACUCAACUCUUCUGCCAGUGGGUGUCUGAAGGCCGAGGCAGAUCUAAGGCAGUACCUCACAUCAAGACAUACACACGUCACUCUCCUGAUGGAUCACAGGCGGCCUGGUUCCUUGUCAGCAGUGCAAACUUAUCAAAAGCAGCCUGGGGUGUUUUGGAGAAGGACAAGAGCCAGCUGAUGAUCAGGUCUUAUGAGCUGGGUGUUUUAUUCCUGCCUCAGUAUUUUGGUUGCAAGAAUUCCUUCCCUUUGAGCAGCUUGGCAGAUGAUGUCUCUCAGUCUGAUAAGCCAAUAUUUCCCCUGCCUUAUGACCUGCCACCUAAAACAUAUGUUAAAGGAGAUCGUCCUUGGUUUAUAGAUGUGCCUUGUAUGGACAUACCUGACACCUUCGGUACUAUGUGGUGUCCACCACUUUAACACCCAUAUGUCAGAUACCCUUGACAUUAUGAUGUAUACUACAUGUCAAACUAAAUAUUCUGAAUGAUGACACUGUAAUGCCAUAUGCCAGGCAUCUUUGUGCUGUCCAUCCAUUUUGACAUCAAUGGCAGAUACCAUUAAAAGUAUUUAGUGUCCACCUUCACUUUCCAUGUGCUGUGACUGUACUACAUCACAUAUGAGUUGUAGUAACUAACAGAUCUGAAGCUGUUUAUACAUUUUUAUUUUUGUUUAAGAAUUGUCUUCCAAAUUUUUAAAAUUCAUUUACAAAUUAUUUAAAAAGUUAAUAACUUUGUUAAAACUAACACAUCUCUUUUGGCCUAACUAUGUAAUCUAUAAUA